AUGCCGCUCCUCUCGCCACACCUCGCGUUUGCUCCAGGAGAUGACCCAACAUCUUCUUUGCCUCCUCGCGGAUCGCACCUGGUCGUGAGCGACACCUUGACGGCACCAAGCCACUUCGCUGUCCUCCACCUCGUCCUCGCAGCUGUGUCGAGCAAAGUCCCAGUCAUCUGGGUUGACUUGCGCCUGGAAGGCAGGGCAUCCUGGGACGCCAUUGCGCGUCGACUGGGCACACCUCUUCCUUCGUCUCCCUCGGCAUUCGUGCACAUCCAACCCACACCUCUGCCCUCACCUCCAGGAUCUACUCCUCCAUCCCUCAACGCAGCAUCAGCACCAGCACUGUACGACCCGAACCCGACCUUGCGGCCGACCUUUGACGCCAUCGCGACCGCCAUGGCCGCGCUCAAGUUGGACAACGGAAACGCAAACCUUGGUCCUGGUCCUGGUCCCACCGCACCUGCCCUGGUGCUACUCGACGGUCUCUCCGAGCUCGCGCACAUGGGCUUUUCCGUCUCUGAAAUUACGCAGUUUGUGCGCGCCGUGCUCGCGUCCUCGAGCGCCGCAGUGGUGUCGACAUUACACGCCGACCACCUCCCGCGUACCGCCGCCGCUGCCGCCAGUACAGGCGCGCAGGAAACAGAUGCGGACGCAGCGGCCCUCCUCGCCGGUAUGCUGCGUCUCGCGGGCUGCUGGUGGCGCGUCUCGGGCUUGGCCAGUGGGCGGAGCGGCGAUGUGAGCGGCGAGAUUUCGGUGCACCCACUGGGUGCUGCUCCUGCCGGCGUGGCCGUGCCCCGGAGCGCGGCGUUGCAGUACCGUCUCGAGGCUGCCGGUGUCAAGAUGUUUGCAAAGGGCACGGGACGCGGCUUCCUCUAG